AUGUUCUCUCGUGCCGUCGUCGUUCUCUACUUCCUACUCUCUUUGUCCAUCCUUGCUGCCGCCAAGCCUUGGAACACCACCCCUCCCCCGGUUACGACGACUGCGACCGCGACCGUCACCGUCACAGUGUCUGCUCCCGCUCCUACUGGCGGCGACACCUGCAGCACCGGACCCAUCCAAUGCUGCAACUCCGUCGGUUCGGCUAGCGACCCCGCAUUCAGUGGUAUCCUCGGCCUGCUUGGCAUCGUCCUCGAGGGCGUCGAGGCCCUCGUUGGACUCGGAUGCUCCCCUAUCAGCGUCGUCGGCGUUGGCUCGGGCAAUGCUUGCUCUGCCACCACGGUUUGCUGCCAGAACAACAGCGUCGGUGGCUUGAUCUCCAUUGGCUGCAUCCCCAUCAUUCUCUAG